AUGAAAAUCGAUUCAAACGUUUAUUCAGAAGCCCAAACAUUGGCUAAGGAGCCACAUUUUAAGUAUAUAAUGUUGGGUGUAGUCUGUGGUGCAGUCGUCCCAUCCAUGUAUGCCAGGCGUUAUUUUUCACAAAGAGCUAAAUCUUCUGAUGUAAGUGAGCAAGAGAAUAUGCCAAAAGCAGAUGCAAAUGAUAAAGUAACACCAAGGCGGUCUUUAAUAGAUGAUGAAUUAACAUAUGAGCUUUACUCAUCAAUAAUCUAG